CAAGAGCUCGGGAGGCGACCCCCCUCCUGCAGCGUUUAGUUUUCUCAACUCGACUCGCGUGCCCACUGCAGGCUGUCUGCUACAGUUACAGUAAGCGGAGUCCUCCGUCCUGCGGAGCCUCGUUCCACCGCAAAGAGUCGUUCCCCCACAGCGGAGCGUUACAGUGCAGCUAUGGGCGUGGAGAUCGAGACCAUAUCUCCCGGAGACGGAAGAACAUUUCCAAAGAAGGGACAGACCUGUGUGGUGCACUACAUAGGCAUGCUGCAGAAUGGGAAGAAGUUUGACUCCUCCAGGGACAGGAACAAGCCCUUCAAGUUCAAGAUUGGCAAGCAGGAGGUGAUCAAAGGCUGGGAGGAAGGAGUUGCACAGAUGAGUCUGGGCCAGCGGGCGAAGAUCACCUGCACACCGGAUAUGGCUUAUGGGGCCACAGGCCACCCAGGGGUGAUCCCUCCCAAUGCAACACUCAUAUUUGAUGUGGAGCUCCUGAAGAUAGAGUGAGGACCACCACGGCAGGAGAGGCGUCGUUCCCAAAACUGCUGUCCUCCCAAAAGCUGUUUCGUGUUUUUUUUUUUUUUUUUUUUU